UUGUACUUUUCAUCUUUAAAAAAAUUAUAGAAUCCUUGUUUUAAUGGUAGAAUAAACUCGCAUCAUUUCAAUUAAAUUUCAGAUUAUAAAUGUCCAGUAAAGUUACUUGUAAAUACCAUCCUGAUGCUCCUCUUAUCGAGGAUUACAGGGCGGGGGAUACAAUUUGUUCCGACUGCGGUAUAGUUGUGGGAGACAGAGUGAUCGAUGUUGGUUCCGAAUGGAGAACGUUCUCUAAUGAGAAGGGAGGAGAGGAUAGGUCUAGGGUUGGUGGACCGGAGAAUACUCUUCUGGGUAGCAGUGAUCUAACCACAAUGAUUGGUCCUGGUCGUGGGGGAGCAUCCUUUACAUCAGAUGGAACAGCUCUUUAUAACAAUAGGAAAACACAGAGCAGCUCCGAUAGAACACUCAUCAACGCAUUUAGAACUAUUUCCAACAUGGCGGACAGAAUAAACCUGACUAAAACUAUAGUGGACCGAGCCAACAAUCUGUUUAAGAUGGUGCAUGACGGGAAGAAUCUGAAGGGGCGGUCUAAUGAUGCUAUUGCUGCUGCGUGUCUGUACAUUUCCUGCCGGCAGGAAGGAGUGCCGAGAACCUUCAAGGAGAUUGUCGCGGUCAGCACAGUGAGUAAGAAGGAAAUAGGUCGCUGCUUCAAAUUGAUUUUGAAGGCUCAUGAUACAAGUGUUGAACUAAUCACUACUGGUGACUUCAUGUCCAGAUUCUGCGGAACUCUUAGUCUUCCUCGUGACGUACAGAAAGCAGCGACACAUAUUGCUAAAAAGGCUGUAGAUCUCGACAUUGUCCCAGGCCGAUCGCCGAUCAGUGUAGCCGCUGCUGCAAUAUAUAUGGCGAGUCAGGCGAGCGAGGACAAGAGAACACAGCGAGAGAUUGCCGAUAUUGCAGGAGUUGCUGAUGUAACAAUCCGACAAUCCUACAAGUUGAUGUUGCCCAGGGCGAAGGAUCUGUUCCCUGCAGAUUUCAAGUUUACAACUCCUAUUGAGAACCUGCCACAGAACUGAGAAUCAGAACCAGGAAUAGGGAACAAGCGAGCAGACUAAUUUAAUUCUAUUUUCCGAAGCGUUCAGUGAGUGAAAGGUACUGUAAGCAUAAUUUCUAUUCCCUUAAAUCCCAGGUUUUAGGCUUCAUGAAGCAAUUUUCGGCGUUGUUAAGCUUUCCAUGUACCCCAAAUUUUUUUGAGAACAUAUUAUUUUUUAGAAUCCAUAUCAACAUACGUCAUAUACAUUAUACAGACAUACAUACAUACAUAAAUCUACAAAUAUACAAUAAUAUAUGCCAAUUUACAGGAGGCAUUUUGAGUCACCAAAAAAGACUAUGAAUCCCAUAUUUUUGUUCAUUAUUAUGAAUACAUUUAUAUAGCAAUAGUUAAUAAUAAUUUAAUUUAAAUUUUUCUCAUCAGUUUGAAGAAGUUGUAUACUAUGUACUAUUUGUCUAAGCUAGUAUUAAGCCAAGCAGAAUAAUUAUCUUAUUUCUAAAAUUUGUUCCCAAAAUUACUCAGUAAGAUUUCUAGUUUUUAAUUAGGAUGGAAUUUUUUGUUAUCAGGAUCGUUUUUCCAAAUAUACGAUGUUCAAUUCCACCCUUCAGGAAUAACCAUCUCAUAAUUAAAUUCAUUCAGCAAGGAUAAAAUUUUUUUAUAAAUACAUUAAAUAAAACUGUUUUACUUAAAGAACUCGACGUUAUACUCUCCACCUUUUCCCUCUUUUUGCGGAUUACUAGCAACAAUUUAACAUUUUCUUUAAAUUAAACUUGAAUUCUAUUUAUUUGUUAUUUAAUUUAGAAGUGUUAAAAUUGUUAUAUGUCUAAUGUCUAUGCUACUGUGAUGUUUCUGUAUUUUGUACAUAGUUGUAUUCACUGUUAACUGAACUGCAUUGUACACUGUACAGUGUUCACUGUACACUGUACACUGCUGUACUUGGCUUAAAAGAAAUCUCCAUGUAUCCUACCAAUGUAAUAUUCUUACAGA